AGAUUUAUAAUUGAACACAUUUAUGAAGAUCUUGUGGAGGGAUGUACUGUUUGGAUUCUUUACCUACGAUUGGAAUAAGCUGAAAAAGUGUUAUGUAAUUUAUUUAUUUUACUAGGCAAGUCAGUUAAGAACAAAUUCUUAUUUUCAAUGACGCAGUCCAAAUUCAAGCCAUUACCAACUGCGUUACCUCUAAAACCAGUUUUUGGUUUGUCUUAAAUAUCCCUAACAUCGCUGCCGGAAAUUAGCACUUUGGGUCAAGUUUUCAAGGACAUGACUAAAAUACACCCGCUCAUCUAGGCGCAAGUGAGCUGUUAUAAGACAUGUAAAUUGCCGAACCUGAUUUUAGCACUAGAAAAUGCUACUAUGCCAGUUUUUACUUGACGCAAUUCCAAAACGAACGUGCGUUUGACUCUAGCGCCGCCUUAAACCAGCCAAAAAUAGAGCCAUGCGUCUUCAAACAACCAUCUCUGAUUACAAGAUUCAAGAUUGACCCAUGUUAGAACUUUAAACAGAUCUUUUUAACAAACAACUUGUUGGGUAUAACGUUUCCUUUCGAGAUUAAAAUUAUUUUGAAGGAAUGGGUGGGGUAGUUGCUGAUCGCUAGAUGUUAAAUGUAUAAUGAUUUAUAAUCUGUUGAAUUUAGCCUUUUGUAAAACGUUGUAAACCCAAACGUUCUGUUAUGUAUCAUGUCACUGUUUAAUCUGAAAACAUAGUUUAUGUGUUAACUUGAAUAGAAAAAUUGUAUAUUUUGAAUAAUUAUGUCAAAUAGGAGAUUACAUUUAUUUAAUCAGCUGGACUUGAUCACUGGUAUGUUGAGUUUGUGUGUUUUGCACUGGUUUGUCCUUAUGUUUGCUGUCUGGUAAUUUGCAGAAAAUCAAAUAUGUGAGUUUAUGUAGGGUUCAUUUAUACGUUUAAUUGAGGCUGAUUUAUUUGUUUCUGUCAGGUGAAUAACCUCUAGCUAUUGUUGUUUUGCCAGUACCUCACCCUCAGACCAGGAUGUUUGCUGGAGAGACCUCACUCUGUCCUGGCUGUGAAAAAGUGGUCUAUUUUGCAGAGAAGGUGAUGUCCCUGGGUAGGAACUGGCACCGACCCUGCCUGCGCUGUGAGAGGUGUAAGAAGACACUGACCUCUGGUGGACAUGCUGAGCAUGAAGGGAUACCUUAUUGCCACGUCCCUUGCUACGGCAUCCUGUAUGGACCAAAAGGAGUGAACAUCGGCAAGGUGGGCUGUUACAUCUAUGAGAAGGAAGACAUGGAGCAAACUGAAAUACCCAGCCAGUCCUAACCACACACUAAAAAGUAAGAUGAAUGGGGUUUCUGUUUGAUUAGGGUAAUUUCAGUGACUGAAUUGAGUGACUGAAGUGAUUCACUGACUGAAUUGACAGGUAUUGCAAUGGACCCGACCACAUGCUUGCUGAUAAACAUGAAGUAUUUUUGUGUGUAUUUUUACAUAUUGUUUGUAUAACGUAAUAAUGUUUCCGAAUAUUUAAAUCACUUUUGCAACCUGCUAAGCACACAGAUUUAUAAAAUACGUAUUUAACAACAGGUUCAUAUCCAAUAUUAAAGAUUGAUUGCAUACAUUUGCCAAUGUUUAUGGUGAGGAAGAAUGCAUAAAGAGUUAUGAUACGUUAUCAAAGAUAAUAUUUUGUUCCUCAUUCAUAUGAAACAGAAAGGUGUCUUUACUAAAUAAGAUAAUGCAGUAUUGCAAUUGAGUGGAAAAUUAGAAUUUGUAUAGGAGGAAUAAAAUGAAUUAUGCUUC